AUGUUGUUAAAGUUUAGACCAUAUUUAAGGAGACUUUUACAAAUCAAAUUACAAUAUAAACCCCUAUUUCCUACAAAGUUUUGUAAAAUACUAAUUCUAAGAACAGGCUUGCCUUGCACUGUUGGAUUCUCUAUUUUAACGUUGAUUGGAUUAGAGAAGAAACUGAAUGCAGAAGAUGAAUUAAUCAUAAUGAUAAAACAUAGUUUACUUUUUAUGCAAAGAAAUGAGUAUGACAAAGCUGAGCAGUUACUUCAUGUUGCAUUAAGACAAGCACAACAAAUGCAUCAUGAUUUAGGAGUCACUUACAUAUAUGAUUUAAUGGCUAAUUUGGCCUUGCAAAGGGAACGUCUAGAUCAAGCAAAGAAGUUAUUCGUAUCUGUUGCUCAAAGAUUGAUUUCAAGUGGUGUCCCUCAAGAUGAUUUACGUAUUGUUCAAGUCAGUGUUAAACUAGCAAGAGUAAGCCACUUGCAAAAGGAAUAUGACACAGCACAACUCGGUUUUGAUUGGUGUUUGGAAAGAAUAAAUAAUGAAUACUUAAGAAAUCCUUCCGAUGAAAUAAAGAAACUCUUAGCAAUGACUGAGGAUUGGUAUGGAAGAUUAUUUGUUGAAUGUAAAAAAUAUGAGAAUGGGUUUAAUUAUAUGCUCAGUGCUUAUAAUAAAAUGAAGGAACUAAGCGAUGUUGAUCCUGAACAUAUUGCAGUGCAACUGAAUGAUAUAGGUACAGUUUGCGAUCAAAUGGAUCGCGUGGAUGAUUGUAUACUAUAUGUAUCAAAGGCACUUGACCUUGGAAAAACACUUCCAGAUAUGGAAGACCUAGGAGCUAUUUAUGUUAAUUUAGGAAGAGCUUACAUGAAGAAAAGAAUGAUAGAUAGUGCUCGUCAGUAUUGUGGGUAUGGCUUAAGACUAGCUAUUUUAAAUAAAAAUAAUGACAUUAAACAUGAAGCAGCAGAAUGUAUUGCUGAAAUAAAAAAUAUUGUAGUAUGA